CCCAGGAGCUGCUUAGCUUUGCAGGCUCAGUCUGCGGCCACUGCCGGGCGCUGGGCUCCGGGCGCUGCAGGGCGGCGAGGUCCGGUCCUGGCACCGCCUGCGCAGCCCGGGUCGCGGUGGGCCAGCGCUGCAGCUAGGCAGGGGGCGGCGCCGGCUGCCAGGGAGGCCCCGGUGGCUGGGGAUCCUCCUGGCCGGGCCGUGUGACUCAGACGGGGCUCCGGCAGCGGCGACAGGAGCCGGGCCGCCGCGUGACUGGCUGCAGUCACGCUGUACUUAAUCACAAUUAGCGUUUGCUCCAAGCUGGCAGCGCUCACCUUUCUCCGAGCCGGGUGACCCAGGGGAUUUCUUUUAUGGUGGCUCUCUCUGAAAUGCCAAAACCACCCGAUUAUUCAGAACUGAGUGACUCUUUAACGCUUGCCGUGGGAACAGGAAGAUUUUCAGGACCACUGCACAGAGCAUGGAGAAUGAUGAACUUCCGUCAGCGGAUGGGAUGGAUUGGAGUGGGAUUGUAUCUGUUAGCAAGUGCAGCAGCAUUUUACUAUGUUUUUGAAAUCAACGAGACUUACAACAGGCUGGCCUUGGAACACAUUCAACAGCAUCCUGAGGAGCCCCUUGAAGGAACCACAUGGACACACUCCUUGAAAGCUCGGUUACUCUCCCUGCCUUUUUGGUUGUGGACAAUUAUUUUUCUGAUACCUUACUUACAGAUGUUUUUGUUCCUUUAUUCUUGUACAAGAGCUGAUCCCAAAACGGUGGGCUACUGUAUCAUCCCCAUAUGCUUGGCAAUUAUUUGCAAUCGCCACCAGGCAUUUGUCAAGGCUUCUAAUCAGAUCAGCAGACUACAACUGAUUGAUACGUAAAAUCAGUCACCGGUUUUUCCAGAUUACAAAACUGCCAGUACUAUAUGGAGUCUGAUCACAAGACUACAGUUUCUUCACAGAUCUCAGGAAGUUGUGGUGGGGCAGAGGCUUUUUUAAAAAAUGUGACUGGGGACUAUCUUUAUCUGAAUAAUAAUGACUUUUUAGGUAAAGCCUGAGAUACAGUACUACAAAAUCAUGUUGAUGACUCCAGAUUUGGGGAGUAAAAUUGUGUCUUGUUAUUUGCAUUCUUUAGAAACUUGAAUAAGUACCUGAACUCAUAUUUCUAUUUUACUGUGCAACAUAGUGGUGAUUCAGAAAUUUUUCCUCUGGGGAAAAAAUAUGAACAUUUCCAUUGUGUUGUGUAAAAAGGUCCAAACAUGGUCAUAAAAUUUAAGUUUUAUAAAAUUA